AUUGUCCGAACAUUUAUACAAAGCAAGGAAAAAUUGAAAGAGUUGUUUUGUGAAGUUGACCUUGCUAUCAUGCCGUCCAGGACAGAGGGAUUUGGAUUAACUGCAUUGGAAGCCUUGUCUGCUGGUCUUCCCAUUCUUGUGAGUGGAAACUCGGGAUUUGGAGAUACACUGCGCACUCUACCACUAGGCAAGCCAUUUGUGGUGGAUUCUGCUGAUCCUAAAGAGUGGGCCAAGGCAAUUGAAGCAAUAAGUCUGAAAGACAGAUCAAAGCGACUGCAAGAGAUUAAAGCACUGCGAACAUCUUAUGAAGAGAAGUUCAGCUGGAAGGAACAGUGUGAAGCCCUUGUUGAGAAGAUGAGGAGUUUGGUUAAUGCUUCAGAAAAACCUGUAAGACAUGAAGCAUAUUUCACAAGUCAGUGUAGAGACUCAGCAGAGUCUGCAGCAAGACAGAUCACAAUUGAAUCUCCACUACCCCCAGAUCUGCUUGGGCAAAUGUUCAUGAAUCUUCAGCAAAUGCAAUGCGAUGUAAGCAAGGUCAACAGUAAUACUGAUCUAUCAGCAGAGUUGGAGAAGAUUGCAUCAGACAAAGGCUUUGUGAUUUCUGACAAUGAAGGGUCAGGGAACUGCAUGUUUCAUGCGCUGUCUGAACAACUGAACCUUGUGAAAGGAAUUGAGAUCUCACAUGGAGAAUUAAGACAAUCCAUAGUGCAGUACCUCAGAAAGAACCCAAAACUGCCUGAUGGAACAGAUUUGUUUAACUUCAUCAAUGGAUAUCAGUCAUGGGCUGAUUAUCUUACAAACAUGGAGCAAGAUGGCACAUGGGGCGAUCACGUGAUUCUGUAUGCAACUGCAAACCACUAUAAAACCUACAUUGACGUGAUCAGCAGUCAGUCAAAUCACCAUGACCUUACUAUCAGGCCUGAUGGUCAUGUGAUCAGCACCGACCCACUUGUGUUAGGCCAUGUUCAUGAAGUCCACUACGUCAGCCUGCAACCCAAACAAGGUUUGCAGAGCAAGUCUGAUUAGAAUCAAAUUUUGACAAUAAAGCAACUUGUGACUUAGCUUCAAACUUCAAUUUAGAAAGCAUCAAAGAAUUGCAAGACAGUAGAACUACAAAGAUUGGUAGUAAAUAGAUUUCAUAGUAAUAAGCCAAAGGAAAGAUUGUUCAAUGAAUUGCUGGUGAACAUGAGUGUUCUGUUUAGUGGCAACAUCACAAGGUAACACAAGAACUUCAUACAUGCAAGCAUUGGUGCUAACAAAAUUUUUACAGGAUUUCCAGUUACAAGCAGCAUUUCCAGCUCAUUCAGUUCACCAAUAUUGUCAGGCAAUGUAGUUAACUGGUUAUCACUCAACAACAGUACCCAGAGUUUAUUGAGAUGUUUAAAUGAUGUGUGAUGAUGAAACUGUCAACCUGAUUUUACCCAUAUCCAAUGCUAUGGGCUCAUU